UAUUAGCCGGAAGAAUCAGCGCGAGCGUUUGUUUUCAUUUAGAUCUUGAGCGAUCAUGAUGCUGGAUGCUGUUCAUAGCGAAGAGCGGGAAUAAACGACGCAAAGACGCGUAGAAGAGGCCUGAUAUCCGUCAUUCUCCAUCACUGAAGCAUGGACAGUUUAGAGGAACUUGUAAACCAGUGGAUUUGGCGGCAGGAUUUCUGGCUUCCUCCUGGCGUCACAUGGAAAGACAUCGCUGAAGGGACGGUGGACGGAGGUCGGCAUCCCGUACCCCGCGACCUGUUCAUCUCCCUGCCCUUGGCCCUGGGUUUCAUCGCACUGCGGUUCGUUUUCGAAAGGGUUGUGGCGCUACCGCUCAGCCGGCGGUUGGGCGUCCGGGACAGGGUUCGGGUGCGUGUCACACCCGUCCCGAAGCUGGAGGCGUUUUACCUGCAGAAGAAGCAGCAGCCGUCACAGAGUGAUUUGCUGGUUCUGGAGAAGCACUGUGGACUCUCUCAGCGUCAGAUCCAGACCUGGCUGCGUCAGCGCCGAAACCAGGACCGGCCCGGAAACACCAGGAAGUUCUGUGAAGCCUCGUGGAGGUUUGUGUUUUAUCUCAUGGCGUUCUCAGCUGGUCUCGUCUCGCUCAUUAAUACUCCGUGGUUUUGGGAUCACCGGGAAUGCUGGCGCGGAUACCCGAGACAGGCCGUAGCAGAAGCUCAGUACUGGUAUUACAUCGUGGAGUUGUCCUUCUACCUCUCGCUUCUGCUCUGCGUAUCGGUGGACGUAAAGCGCAAAGACUUCCAAGAGCAGAUCAUUCACCACAUCGCCACCAUUUUCCUCAUCGCGUUCUCAUACUGCGCGAACUACGCGCGCGUGGGAACCCUGGUGAUGCUCGUCCACGACUCUUCUGACUUCCUGUUGGAGUCUGCUAAGAUGUUCAAUUAUGCUGGAUGGAGAAAGACUUGUGAUGCCUUGUUUGUCUUUUUCGCCGCCGUAUUCCUGGUAACUCGCCUUGUGGUUUUCCCAUGCAGAAUCGUCUACACAGCUGUGGUGGAUUCGUUGGACGUCUUUCCUCCGUACUCUGGUUAUUAUUUCUUGAAUGGCCUGUUGCUGGUUCUUCAAGCCCUGCACAUCUUCUGGGCUUGGCUGAUUCUUCGAAUGGUUCACAAAUUUGUCUUUUUAGGCAAAGUGAGUAUCUUAAGUUGUAAGUUUAUAAAUGAUGUUAUCCCUCAAUUUUCGAACAAACAUGUUUUUAAGGUGGAACGCGAUGAACGGAGUGAUGAAGAGAGUGAGGCUGAUGAAGAGGAAGAAGAAGAUGGAGAAGAAGAACACAGCUGGGAGCAGAAAAAGGGUGCCCUUAACUCUAAAUUGGCGUCGUUGGCCAGUAACUGUGUUCUGAACAAUUUAACGAAUCAGAGGCGAAAAAUUAAUAGCAGAAUGCCGAAAGCCAGAUAGUAAUGCUACUUAAUGUAUUUAAACUUGUUAAAUCAUCUCCAACUUUCUUGGCUUAUCUUGUUUAUCAUGGUCCUACAGUAAUUUCAGACCGCUGAUGUUUUGUUUUCCUGAAAACAUAAUGCAUAGUCAGAAGAUUGCAUAAAAAAACUAAAAAUACUACUAGUUUGUAUUAUUAUAUUACCAUUGGGGAGUGUAUUGGAAAUAGGUUCAACUUGAAUUAAUUUGUUUAAAAUUAGUAUAAUUAAUUAUAGUGCAUUGGCUGAGUAGCACUUAAACUCAUUAAAAAGUUUGCAUAGAUAAAAAUGGAUCAUAAACAGACAUCUUGAGUAUUUAAUUGUUGAAUAGUUUACUAAUUCUGCAACUGUUCAUUAUGGAACAGUGAUAUUUAAAUAAAAAAAAUGAGUCGGCUCUCCUGACUAGAGAGACCCACAACAUUUAGAUGCAUUCUUUUUAAAUACUUUUGUAUUUGUAUAGGUAUUCUUCUAAGUUGUGUGGAAAUGUGUGAGUUUUCUGCAGUGGCUGUUGUUUUCAAAAUUGGCAUUGGUGGACAACUGGGAAAGACUUGCGGCGCCAUCUUGUGUGAAGUGUCCGCUUGUCUUAGUGAUUCUGCUACUGAAAGAUUUUGUUGCAAGAAACUACUGGAGUUUGUUAGAUGGCACUUUGGUUGUGCAUUGCCUUACCAAAUGAGGAAUCAGAUGAUAUCUCACUGGAGCAUGUGCCUCGAAAUCUUAAAAGUCAAAGGGGAUAGUUGAAUUUGAGGAAGCCUCUGUAGGCCCCUUGAUUUAUAUAAUCUGCUCCAAGGGCUAAAGGCAAAGUGUUUUUGUUGUUCUAGAUGGUUCUAGAAAGUUUAUUGGCACAGUAGCCAUAACAGACCUUUAGUUCUAAAGCUGUGCAUCUGUCUUUCACUGUUUAAAUUAUGUUUUUAAAAAAAACCUGUGAUUGUUUUUGUAUUAACUUUCCUUUUUUUUAUUGGGAUUUACCGUGUUCUGAGUUUGUUAAUGCAACAUUUUGUAGCUGUUAUAAUACUUGUAACAAUGACAGAAGAGGGAUAUAUUCUUAGAAUCUUAAAUACUAUUAAUGUUGCAUACUUGCUUCUCAUUCGACAUUUUUCUCUGUGACCUUUUGAAUAACAAUAAAAAAGUUUUAGAAUAUGAUUAUCCUCAACGUUGCUGAACAGAAUGUUCCUGCAUUGGUUUAAUACUUGUCCUCUGACUUAAAGAAGGAAUAGUGUUGACAUUAUGGCUUUAGAAAGGAUUGACAUGCAUUGUGAUACAGCCUCUUAUGGGGGCAGGACAGGGUAUUUUAUCAUCAACUUCCAAGCAAGUGUCAAUGUAAGGGUCCAGUAGAAUCAUGUUUGGGUACGUUUUGUUUAUCUUCCUCUCGCUUAGUAUGUAAAUCUGCCCCUUAACUGUGGCACAGCCUGUGAAAAAUGUAUUGUCCAGACAGUCCUCUUGAAGAACGGUCCACUCGUCUGUGUCAAUGUCUUAAGCGCAGAGCCUGUCCUCCCAGUAGAUAGAGAGCACCAUUGAGCUCUGUUGCAAGAAGGUCGUAACUGGAAAAGAAGUACACAUGUAUCCAAUAAGAAUUCACUUUGGUUUACCAAAGUGUAUAGAACUGAUACAGAACUAUUUGUGGUGGCAU